CCUUCUCACCACACGAGCACCAAAUCAUUCACAGCCUUUCUCCAGGUGGCUUGCGCACCAUGUCCAUCGUCCUCCCCGACUGGGUGGCACAUAUAUCCACGGAUGCAGAGGACAAGGAUAAGAAGAAGCCGACGACGAUCUUCUCCCUCUCUGUUAGUCCCGAUGGGUCGCGAUUGGCUACGGGAGGUAUUGAUCAGAAGGUCAGGAUCUGGGCGACGGAGCCUAUGCUAGAUGAGAAGGUGGAGAAGAUGCAGGGAGCUCAUAGGCUUUUGAGCACGCUGUCACGACAUACAGGCUCCGUCGUGUCGGUACGCUUCUCACCAUCAGGACGAUUCCUCGCAACUGGAUCAGACGACACAGUUUGCUUGAUCUGGGAAUUUGACCCACAUGGCGGCGGUGGCUUUGGGUCCUUUGGGUCCUCGGAGCAGAAUGUCGAAUCAUGGCGCAUCCAUAGACGCCUCACUGGCCACGAGUCUGACGUAGUUGACAUUGCCUGGAGCGCAGAUGGGGACGACUCGUUUCUCGCAACCGUCGGUCUCGAUUCGAUCGUCAACGUCUGGAGUGGGCCAGGCGCAGAUGGACGAGGCGGCUUCGAGCUCGUAAAGCGCAUCGCAGGUCACGAUGGCUUUGUCAAAGGAGUAGUGUGGGAUCCCAAAGGUCAAUUCCUUGCUACGCAGUCGGAUGAUAAGACGCUCAAGAUUUGGAGGACGAGCGACUGGUCUCUGGCAAAGAUCAUUCGCGAGCCAUUCGAGCAUUCGCCCAGCUCCAACUUCUUUGGAAGGCCAUCAUGGGCGCCAGAUGGAGGCUGCAUAGUUGCCGCCAACUCGAUGAACGGGCCCGUCUUCACCGCAAACGUCAUUGACCGAGGCUCGUGGGGCACCGGCAUCAAACUUGUCGGACACGAGGACAGCGUAGUCGUCGCCGCCUUUUCGCCUCGACUCUUCAAUGGAAAUGGGGGUCCUCCUUCGACACUCCUUGCUCUCGGCUCGCGCGACCAGAGUAUCAGCGUCUGGAUCACAGGCGAGCCGCGCCCGCUCCUUGUCUUGCGAGACAUCUUCGAGAGGCAGGUGACGGACCUUAGUUGGGGGCAGGAUGGUCUCACGCUCUACGCCUCGUCCACUGCAGGCAGCGUCGCGGUCAUCUCUCUCUCGCCCAGCGAUGUUACCGAGCCCCUGCCCCUCUCGGAACGACCAAUUCAGAAACCACGCCCGCGCAACCUCCCCGUCUUCGCCAACACUACAAUGGGUGCUCCCUCCGCAGGCGGGGUCAAUAUGCUUCAACCUCGCAAAGCUGGUCAAAUGCCAAGCGUGCCUCGCGCAAGCGUCACUGCUCCCUCUGGACCGCCACGAGCGUCUGCGCGCACAGCUACGCCAGUCCCAAUGGGAGGUGCGCCUUUGCCAGCCAACGCACGAGCAGGCGGACAACGGCUCAACCAGCAGAUCCAAAUUACAGCUAAUGGCAAGCGCAGGAUUCGACCAACGCUGAUGAGCGACGACGGCGCAUCGCAGCAAAUGGACAUCGACAUGGGGGCACAAGCGCAGCAGCAGCAGCUUGCUUCUCAGCCGCCGGCUGUCUCACAGCAAGAUCAGCAGCAGCAGGCUUACUUUGCGGCUAUGAGUCACGUCCUUUCCCAGCAGCAGGCGACGCAUACCGCCCAGCCCGCAGCCUCAGCGACCGCUGGACCAGUACAGCUGGGUGGAGCUACCUUUGCUCCCGGCACGCAAUUCAACCUCACUGGCCCCACCUACAUCAUUCAGCGGUCGGCGCCGGUGAAGGCGGGCGAAGAAGGGGACGCAGACGUAGACAUGGACGUGGCAGCGAACGCACACUUCCCUUCAUCAACAAUCGAGCCUGGUCUCGCCGCCAAUCGCCUCGCCCGCACCAAGGGACGCGAAACCCGCGAUGCGCAUCAGCGCGAGGCAGCAGGGCCUGUUGUCUACCUUCGUCCCGAAUUUCGCCCAGGAGACGAAGUCUUUUUCGGGCGAGCAAAGGCCGUAGCCCUGCCCCUGCCUCCAGUGCUCAGUGUGCUUCGUCGCGAGGGAGCGGAGGGAGUUGGCUUCGUCGAGGUACGCAAUUGCGCGGAUGGGUCUCGCCCUGUAGAGGUCAGCGUGCAGGAGGACGGCAAGCCGCCGGCGCUCACCUCGACAGGCUCAUCUUCAUCCACCAUUCAGCCAACCUGGACCGACUAUCUUCCCAGCAAUGUAGUGCGCGUCUCUCUCUCGGCUCCUUACGUUUGCCUCGCCCUCGACACGGGCGUCAUCCUAGUCCACUCCUCCAAGACCGGUCGGCGUCUUUCCACCUUAGCCCUCGACAGUAGCGUCAGCUUCAUGGAGUCCCGCGGACCCCACCUCAUGGCGCUUACUACCUCUGGCCUAUUGCAUCGUUGGAACAUCAAGACAGAUCGGGAGAUCCACCGUCCCAUUUCCUGCCUGUCCCUUCUCACAAAGCAGGACGAUGUACACCAGGUAUACCUGCACCACACUGGCACUCCCAUCCUCGUGAUGAGGAGCGCAGAGGAGGCUUGGACCAUCGACCCGGCAAAAGGGACAUGGGCGCUUCUGGCGAGCGGAUGGUUCGCGGAGUGCAGCCCGUUAUGGGAGACGAGGGGAAGAGGUAGUAGGCAGAGCGUUACGAGCACGCCGACAAGCACGCCAGGGCUGGCUCAUGCGAUGGCCAUUGCAGCCGGUGCACCACCUCACAGCCCAGCAGCGGGAGGGGCCAAUGGGCCACCGGGUACGCCCGGCGCAACAGUGACUUCGCAAGGCGCCACAGCUAACUCGCCCAACGGCGGAGGAGAAGGAGCAGCCACUGCCCCAGCAGCCGCCGCCGCUCCUGCGGUCCCGGCCUCAGCCUACCCCUCGGGUGUGGUUCAGACCGACUCCUCUGGACGCUGGCGUGAACCUAUCCGCGCCAUUGAAUCCGAAAUCAACUCCCUCGUCGUGGCUCGCACCUCCUCCAACCCUGCGCCGCGUCACCCUCGUCCUUUCGCAGACGACACCGCCCGUUGUAGGGAGUUUGCCCUCUCCGCUUCUCUUCGACACCUCGAGGUGCGCAUGACGGGUGCGAUGCUUUUGAGCAGUAAAGACGAGUGGCUCCACGCUCUCAGGGGCUAUGCGCGCAAGCUUGGGGAGGAGGUGGGGGGCGGGACGAAGAGCCUUGCUGAUGAGUUGGUCAGGGAGUUGUUGGGGCCAGUGUAUUAGUGAGUCCACACAUUCGGAAGACGGUACAAAGACAGAAAGCAUCAGCUGACCAAUCGUUCCCCUCCUCCCCGCCUCGCUCGCUCGCAGCAUCCCAAACGAAGACCCCACAGCCGGCUGGCAGUCAACUCUCUUCGACGGUGCCGUGGUGAAGCGCACGGUAUUGCGCGAGGUGUUGAAUGGCUGGGCGAAGAAUAGCAGGCAUUUGGCGGGGAUGGCAGGGACGUACCAGGAACUGCUGAGGCAGUUGGUCUGAGAUGCGGCACGAGGUGUGUAGUGAACAGAAAGGUAGGGUAAGGAGGGAAGAAGGCAAGGCAAAGGCGAG